CGGGUGCCGUGCCACACCGAGCUGUACCGAGCCCAGUGUGGAUACCAAUCCCGGACCCGUGCCGGUGCCAGGACCGGGUGCCGUGCCAUGCCGAGCUGUACCAAGCCCGGUGCGGGUACCGAUCCCAGACCCGUGCCGGUGCCAGUACCGACCCAUACCGAGCCCGAGCAUCCCCCGCCAGGGCUGUACCGUACCGGGCCGGGGUCGCACUCCCUCCCCCCCUUCCCCCUUCCCCGUGCCGGUGCGGACCCGGUGCCGGAGCCGCCCCCGGCGGGGCCGAGCCGCCCGGAGCCGGCACCGCCCCCGGGCUAUAUAUCCUCGCCGCGGCGCUCCCCGGUUCCCGUUCCCAUGGCGGCGGCGGCAGCGGCGGCGGCUCCAUCAUCUCCGCGUCCUGCUGCGGACGGCGAGCAAAGCCCCGAUCGCGGCGGUACCACCACCACCACCACCACCGGUACCACCGGCAACACCACCACCAGCGGCGGCAACAACAACAACAGCGGCGGCGGCAGCAACAACAGCCCCGGGUCGGUGGAGCUGGCGGCGGCGCGGCGACGGCUGGUGGCGGCCGAGGGUCGCCGUCGGGCUGCGGCGGAACUGGAAGGCCGGGUCCGGCAGGUUCACUGCGCCCUGCGGCACGCCGAGCUCCGCCUGGCCGCCCGAGCCGAGGCCUUGGGCCGCUUAGGAGCCGGCGUGGCCCAGGCCCAGCUGGCUUUGGCCGCUCAGAGCCAGCGGUUGCAGAAGGGGCUUCGCCGCCGCCCCCGCCCCCGGCCCGCCGCGUUUUUGGCCGCCGCCCGAGCCCUCCGUAGCUGCGUUCCCUGGGCCCCCCCGGCCCGGUCCCGCGGGGCCGCUUCACCGGCGGCCGUUGCCCGUCGCUUGCCCGCCGCGCCCCGCAGUCCUGCCUAGGGGGGGGGGGGGGGUUUGGGGAUCCUGCAAAGGGC